AUGUUUUGUUCAAAUUAUCGGCUUUUGGGGGCUUAUCAGCACCAUCUAGGCCACGUGUGCAUGUUUUCGGUAAGCCCCGUGAUUCAAUGGACUUUAAUGUCAUCUGAACACGCCAUGAAGGCGAAGACCCCAUCGACUAUACGCGAAACUUGGGCGCAAUUUUGCCGAAACACUUAUGCGCCCGCAUUUGGAUUCAUCUUCGAUGGAUCGCCAAUUGGAAAGAUCUUCUGGAUAACGUACAUCUUGGUAGGGAUGGGGUGCGUCGUCUAUGUGACUAUGGAUAUUUUAGCCGGGUGGAAUGGAGAUGCUUUCUACAUGACGUUGGAUGCGUCCAGCUUGGAAAUCACCGAUCUGGAGUUUCCAGCUAUUGCCGUUUGCGACAUUAAUAGAAUCAGCAAACAACGAGCGAUCCAAUUGGCUGAAAAUUUGACAGAAGUUUCAAGUUUGCCGUUCAGUGAGCUUCUGGACCUGACCCAACUGAUCGGCAACAUGUACGACCGCAACAUUAACCAGAUGAAUAAGUUCGAACGGUUGCAGACCAUUCUCAACGUAUACGACAAUGGGACCACUGAAGAGACAAUUAUCCGGCGCUUGGCCGAUCUGAUGACCCCUUGCGAAGAGCUGUUGCAAACUUGCAUCUGGAAUUCUGAGCCUUACGACUGCGCCGACUUGUUUGAGACGCGGCUCACCGAUACAGGACUAUGUUGCACUUUUAACUAUCCGCUGGAAACUGCAGAGCGCAAGAUAAUCUCAGAUAGAGGGGCGAAGCUUGUCGACACUCCUAGGCAAUUUAUGGGGAUCGGAGUGGCCAGCGGCUUGUCGCUGAUAGUUAACAAUAAUCUGACUGACUAUUUCUACACAUCGAUGGCCACCAGGGGCGUUCUGUUGAAGAUAUUUUCGCCCAAUAACGUUCCUGAUACAGCCAGCGGCGCUGUUAAGCAGGUGGUCGUUCAAGAGCAGGCCGACGUGUUUGUGGACGUGGAGGUCAACCUGCUACUCACGGAAGAUUCGUUGAAAUCCAACCAGCAGAAAGAGAGACGCUGCUUGUUUGCCGACUCCGUUUCAACUGAGUUUGGGAACUACACGAUGAGCAACUGUUUGGUGCUCUGCCGAGUACAAGGCAUACUGGAUUACUGUAGAUGCGCCCCCGUUUUAGUGCCCACUAAUAGUAAAUCUUACCUGUCGUCUGUGAGCGUUUGCAACCUGCUGGAUAUUCCUUGUUUGCAAGAGCAUGAAGCCCGAUUCCAUACGUACCACUUCUACAAGAACCAGGAGAUGCAAUUCCAGAAACUUAUUCAAAAUGAAGAGGCUCUUUUGUGUCCCGCAUGCGUGGACAACUGCAUCGAAGCCACUUAUGGGAUCGAUACCAAUUACUUUGAGUUUUUCAAUCCAGACUCGCGCUAUCCACUUUUGUGGGUGUUGUGCUUCUUGGGCGGCAUUGCUGGCACUGUUGUCACCACCUUAACGAUCCUGGAAGCUUCCAGAUCGGAGUCCGUGUACGUUAACAUCGAAGCGCCUGUUCCGAUCACGGAAAUCCAGUUUCCUGGCAUAGCGAUUUGCGAGUUCAAUAAAAUCAGCAAACAUCGAGCUGUAGAGCUGGCAAAUAAACUAAGCACCGUAUCCAAUCUGGGUCGGGUCAAGCUGCUGAACAUGACCCGACUUCUGGGCAACCUUUACGACUACAGCAACGUUGGAGCUGAAGACUUGGAGACUUUGCAGGAUCUUUUGGAUCAGUUGGAUGGAGGAACCAGUGAAGAAGACAUGAUUCGUCGCUUGGCCUCCUUGGUAACUCCGUGCGAAUAUUUGCUGCACAACUGCACUUGGAACUCUAUUUCCUAUACUUGCACCGACUUGUUUCAAAUGAGGUUCACUGAUAGUGGGCUGUGUUGCGUCUUCAAUUAUGUGCGCGAUACUCCAGAGGCCGCCUUCCUCUCGAGUGGCAACAAAGCGGUCGUUACUGGGCCAAUCAGGAAGUUUAUGGGGGCAGGAGCUGCUAGGGGCCUAUCAGUCUCCAUUGUGAAUAAUUUGAGCGACUAUUUCUAUACCUCGAUGGCCAGCAGGGGCGCGCUUCUGAAGUUGUUUUUGCCUACUGAUUUUGCUGAUAUGCCCAGUGGAUCUUUGAAGAGUAUUAUCGUCCCUGAACGGUCCGACGUGUAUGUGGACAUUGUGGGCAAGAAGCUGAACACUUCCAGCACUUUCAGGGCUUUGCCGAUUAAACAGAGAAAAUGCAAAUUUACCGGCGAAGAUCAAACAGCAUUCGGAGCGUACACAAUGAGCAAUUGCUUGGUGCAAUGUCGCUUGCAAUGUAUCGUCAGUCUUUGCCAUUGUAUCCCAGUGAUGCUACCCGUUUCAGCUCAGUCGUAUAAGAACGGGGUCACAUUCUGCAACCUCAAAAACCUCGCCUGCUUGAGUCAAUUUAGCAGCAAAUGGCUCAGGUACUACCCUCUGGACGACCCGCGUGCUGUCGAGUUGAGUUUCGAGUUUGAGGACUCGCUUUUGUGCGAAAACUGUCUACCUAACUGUGCCGACACCCUCUAUGAUACGAGCACGAGUUACUUGGAGUUCCAUAGUGGCUCGGAUUAUCUGAACAGUUCCAGAGUGCACGUUUUUUCUGGAAAUGGACAAGCAAAGUACUACAAGAAAAGGGUUGCAACCAUGUGGUUUGAGUCGCUAAGUACAGUGGGCGGGAUUCUUUCCUUUAUAAUGGGAAUCAGCAUCAUUAACUUGGUCGAACUUGCUGUGGUUUGCGCCAAGCUGGUAGCAGCGUUCUUGUGGAAAUAGUUAAAAAUCACUAGUUUAAUUAGCUUAGGUAUUAUUAAGUUUAAACAAUUUUAUGCAGGGCGAUAACUCAAAGAAGUUUUUGCGGGCUGGUGUUUCAGGAACUUUUUGCAUAUUAAAGCACAUUAAACUUUGUGCUCUACACCCUUAACACACGCCUGGCAGUCGCGCAUUUGCGCAAAGCGGCAGCUAAAAAUGCAAAUUUGUUUUAAACGAACGAGAAAAUAUCAUAGUCCGAAUAAUUUCAGACCCACAUUUUCUA